AUGUCACCAGAAGUGGGCUGGAAAGCCAAAGCUGCCGCCAAAGCUGCGUCGAUAUCCGAUACCAUACCCGAAUCAUGGCGAAUUCCGGAGCCAAUUGCUGCUGACGCACAGACGGACAUCACAGGGCCGUAUCUGCACAAGUAUCUUACGGGAGAUGAGAUAGAGAUCACGGAAGCUAGUGCGGUUGGGAUUGUCAAGAAAGUCGCGGAUGGCGAAUGGCGCGCUGAAAACGUCGCUCGAGCUUUCUGUCAUCGAGCAGCUCUAGCUCAUCAAUACGUCUCGUGCUUACAUGAUGUGUUCUUUGAUGUGGCCAUCAAAGACGCCGUUGCCCUCGACGAGUACUACCGCCAACAUGGCAAGCCGAUUGGGCCGCUCCACGGACUGCCCGUCAGUCUCAAAGACCAAAUGCACGUUAAGGGGGUCGAGACAACCAUGGGCUAUGUGGGAUGGAUUGGGGCCUUUCAGGGUCACAAAGGGACUGGCCUUGAGAAGCAAUUCAAGAGCGAGCUCGUGACGGAGCUGCGUGGCUUGGGUGCUGUGCUUUACUGCAAAACAAGUGUCCCGCAGACUUUGAUGUCGGCCGAAACCAUGAACAACAUCAUCGGAUACACGUUCAACCCCAAGAACAGGAACCUUAGCAGUGGCGGUAGCUCAGGCGGCGAAGGUGCCCUCAUCUCCUUGCGAGGCUCUCCUAUCGGUUUCGGAACUGACUACAGUGGAAGCAUCCGCAUGCCGGCCGCAUUCAACGGUCUCUACGGCAUCCGGCCAUCUAGUGGCCGGCUCCCUUACCAGGGCAUGGCUAAUUCGAUGGAUGGCCAAAAUACAGUCCUGUCCGUUGUUGGGCCCAUGUCGCACAGCCAUGGCUUCAUAACCCUGCUGUCGUGGAAAUACCUGGGAGACCUGACAUUGUCCAGGCUACCGAGAAUCUGGUAUCCAGUGGCCAAAGGCUCGCCUUUGACUUGCUGGCUGUAUGAUGGGGGCGUAGAUGUUCACCAAAGCUUUGGACUGUCUGGAGAGCCGAUCGCCGAGCAGAUUGGCUGGAUAUACGGCUCGCAGGCCCGGGAACAGAUGAAUGCCAGCGCCAUUGCCCGCAACAACAUUGCCAAGAGAGACUACCAAAAGGACGCUCUUGACUGGACCGUGGUAACGAUACCCAUAACCACUGUCGACAAAGAUAUUGACUCCGUUGACUCGAGCUUCUCACCCCUGAGCGACUUUGACGCACGCGUUCAGCAAGGAUACAUCCCCGAAAUUUACGAUGGCGCACACGUAUCACUUCAGUUACUGGGGCGCCGAUUCCAGGAAGAGAAGCUGUUGGUCUUGGCUGACUAUAUUGGAAAGACGGUCGCAUCCUACUACGUUUCAACCUCGGUUCGGAAGAAGUAA